AUGGAGAAGUCAUUCGCAUUUUCUCCUCGUGGUGCACCGCCCCCUAGGUCGGCGCGGCAUCGAAUCCAGUGGGGGCUCCUCUUCUGCGCGUUCCUCGUCGCGUACUGCGUUAGGUUUGGCUGGUUCUUCGAUACUCACAGCUCCGCGGUGCAACUAGACAAGGACGCGAUCGUUGGGCAGUGCGCGCAUCUCUCGGUCAAGCCUGGCCCGCCGGAGACCUUCAGUCAGCGUGUGGUGUCGGACAGGUACCAAGAGGGGACGCGCCCGAUCUUCAUCCGCAAUGCGACUAUCUGGACGGGGCGCGUCCAGGGCUUUGAAGUCCUCCAGGGGGACCUGCUGCUUGCCCAUGGACUUAUCAAGGCUGUAGGGGACAUCGGCGAGGGGAUGUUGAGUACGCUGAGUGACGUCGAAACGGUGGAUGUGCAUGGAGCAUGGGUCACGCCUGGAGUCGUUGACUUGCACUCGCAUCUCGCUGUCGAGUCGUCGCCGUCGCUGAGGGGCAGCUCGGACGGCAACUCCUUCAAUGGGCUUGUCCUGCCAUGGCUCCGCUCGCUCGACGCGCUCAACACCCACGACGAUGGGUUCAAGCACACCAUGGCGGGCGGUGUAACCACCUCACUGAUCCUUCCAGGCUCUGCUGACGCCAUCGGCGGCCAGGCCUUCGUCAUCAAGCUGCGACCCACGACGGAGCGCACGCCGACGUCUAUGCUGCUCGAGCCGCCGUUCUACCUCAACGGUUCGGCAGUGGACACGUCUGUGCCGCCGAGAUGGAGACAUAUGAAACACGCGUGCGGAGAGAACCCAGCACGCGUGUAUUCGGGCACGCGGAUGGACACGGUGUGGGGAUACCGUCAGGCCUAUAACAAAGCGCGCGAAAUCAGGGACGCCCAGGACCAAUACUGCGCGAAGGCGCUCGCGGGGGACUGGAAGGCGCUAGAGGGACAGGCAUUCCCUGAAGAUCUGCAGUGGGAGUCUCUCGUCGACGUGCUCCGUGGGAGGGUCCAAACGCACUGCUAUGAGGCUGUCGACUUUGAUGACUUCGUCAGGCUGUCGAACGAGUUCCGGUUCUCCGUCGCAGCGUUCCACCAUGCGCACGAAGCGUACCUCGUCCCAGACGUCCUGAAGCGCGCAUACGGGAACACGCCGGCCAUCGCAAUGUUCGCGACAUUCUCUAGAUACAAGCGGGAGGCGUUCCGGCAUUCCGAGUACGCGCCUCGGAUUCUCGCAGAGAAUGACAUUCCUGUGAUUAUGAAGUCAGACCAUCCUGGCAUCCUGUCCAGGUUUUUGGUCAACGAGGCUGCGCAAGCACACUACUAUGGGCUUGAUGAAAAUAUUGCGCUCGCAUCGGUGAUCAGCACCCCGGCUACGCUGCUGGGGCUUGAUCAUCGUAUUGGGUUCCUCAAGACGGAUGUGGUUAUUUGGGAUAGCCAUCCGCUCGCAUUGGGCGCGACGCCGAGUCAAGUCAUUGUGGACGGGAUCCCCCAAUUUGACGAGACUCGUGCCUUUGCGAAAUUGGUGGCACAGCAGCAUGCGCCCCAGACACCAGACUUUUCUGAGGAGGCGCAAAAGACACUGAAGUACGAUGGCCUCCCGCCUCUGGAACCCACCGAGUCUACCGACGGCAUCGUGAUUUUCACCAACAUUACAAAUGUGUGGGCCAAGAGCAUGGAUGGCACAGGCAUCGUGAGCCUGCUCGAGCCAGGCGAGGGCUCGGGUAUCCGAGAGCCCAUCGUUGUCGUUAAGGGGGGCAAGGUGGUCUGCUCUGGCGCCUCUGCGGCAUGCUCGCAGUAUACCGUGCAUCCGGAAGCGGUCAUGGUCAACCUUCACGGAGGUGCUCUGCAACCCGGCCUUGUCUCGUUCGGUUCCACGAUCGGACUGCAGGAGAUAUCCAUGGAGGAGUCUACAGUUGAUGGUGUGGCCUUGGAUCCUCUCCUAGCAGAGGUGCCUGCUAUCACCGGAGGCGCGGGGUACUUGACAAGAGCCGUCGAUGGGCUGCAAUAUGGCACGCGGGAUGCGAUGCUCGCAUACCGCCAUGGCGUCACUGUAGGCAUCGCGGCUCCCAACCAUGCGGCUUUCUUGGGAGGGCUCAGUGUCGCAUUCUCCCUAGGCGCACGGCAUAAACUCGAGAAGGGGGCCGUCGUCCAGGAUGUGGCUGCGGUGCAUGUGACGAUCGGCCGGUCGAUGGGUCUUCCGAGUGUCAGCACGCAGAUCGCGACGCUCAGACGAUACUUGCUGCACCCCUCCGGCGAGAGCGGAAAAUGGCUCGAGAAGGUGGCGGAUGGUACCGUACCCCUUGUGGUGGAAGUGAACAGUGCAGAUAUCAUAGCAACCCUCAUCGGUCUCAAGAAAGAGGUCGAAGCCAAAAUAGGGAGUAUCAUAAAACUCACCAUUGUUGGCGGUGCAGAGGCGCAUCUUCUCGCAAAAGAACUCGCUAGAGCGAAUAUCGGCGUGAUACUGACACCACCUAGGUCUUAUCCGUACGAUUGGGACCGCAAACGCAUCCUUGGCGGUCCUCCUCUUACAGAGGAAGGGGCUGUCGCCUAUCUGAUAAGACACGGUGUUAAGGUUGGUCUCGGUCCACAGGGCGUGAAUGCUGCCCCGGACAUGAGCACCUGGGCAGUGCGGAACCUCAGGUUUGACGCCGGAUGGGCGCUGCAUUCUGCCCAGGAUGUCUUGGAUAAGGCUUCUGCGUAUGCCCUGGCUUCGACGAAUAUCGAGGAGCUUCUCGGAAUUGACAUACCUGCGGGCACCGAGGACCUUGUCGCGACCGCAGGGGGUGACUUACUUGGAUUCGAGGGCAAGGUGGUAGCGGUUAUCUCGUCUAGACGAGGGAAGGUUGAUUUGUUCUGAAUAUCAUACGGUCAUCUCUGAUGUAUGAAGAAGUUAAGCUAUUGCUCGU